AUACUUGGUAUGUCUUUAAAUGUAUUUUGGAUAUUUCUGUCUGAUCUAUGAACAUGCGGAUAGGGCUUAAUCAAAACACUGAAGGAGCGAGAAAUUUAUUUGUUUCAGUUUUUUUUCUUUAAAUAUAAUUUACUCAAACUCAUACACCCAUUGUAUCUCUUACAUGUCUGUAUUAUAAUGAGCAUUUGCUAGCUUAAUACUUAAGUACACUGUUGAGUAAAUUGCUUUUCUUUGAUGUGUCUGACACAUAUAAAGGUUGAUUAAUUUUACAUUUUCUGUAGUUCAUCAGACUGGACUCUUAGUGCCGCUGUUGGUCAAUAUGUGAGUUUAGAGAGCAGAUCUUCUGCAGUUCCACCCCCAUCAUCUCCAUAUUAUUAGAGAGAGACAGAAGCUGAGCGCACAGUCUGAGAGGAAGAGAGAAGACAAAUAACGGAGAUACUGUAUUAAGUAUCCUUUUCGUUGACAUACAGGCUUUUUUGUUAGUUGUCGUCACUUUGGAUUUAUACAUGAUUUAAUCCAGCUUCUUGGACUGAAUUAUUUGUUUUCUGCUUGAAUCUUCAAUCCGUGGUCUUCUGCAAAAUGUCGGACAGAACAAUGGCGCGGCAAGUACUGCUGUUUAUUUGGUUUCUCUCUCUCAGUUCAGCUCUCGGGCAGGUCAGUUACUCCAUUCCUGAAGAAAUGGCGAAAGGCUCUUUAGUCGGGAACAUAGCGCAGGAUUUGGGUUUAGAUUUAAAGAGACUACAAUCAGGUAAAGCUCGUAUUUAUACAGGAGACAGCGCUGAAUACAUCGAGCUGAAUAAAGAAAGAGGAGUCCUCCUUAUCAAAGAGAGAAUAGACCGAGAGGCGCUGUGCGGACAGACAACGCCUUGCGCGCUACAUUUACAGAUUAUUCUUGAAAACCCAAUGGAAUUCUUUAGCGUUACAAUUGAAAUAACAGAUAUUAAUGACAACACUCCCAGUUUUAAAAAGAGUAUGAUUGUUUUUAAAAUAAGCGAAUCAGCUGUUUUAGGAUCUAAAUUUAUGUUAGAGCCUGCUAUAGAUCUUGAUGUGGGAAUCAACGGCCUUCAAAGCUAUACGUUAAAACCUACUGAUAAUUUUAAUCUUAAAUUUAAAAAUCAACCAGGAGACGAGAAAAAUGUCGAAAUGAUUCUAAAAAAGCCUUUAGACCGUGAAAAACAGCAUGAUAUAAAAUUAGUGCUCACAGCCAUUGAUGGGGGAGAUUCGCAGUUGUCUGGCAGUAUAGAAAUACACGUUACAGUUUUAGACGUAAACGACAAUGCUCCUGUUUUCUUGCAGUCAGUUUAUAAAGCCACUGUGACAGAGAAUGCGCCAAAAGACACUGUAGUGUCACAGGUGAGCGCAACUGACGCAGACGAAGGUAUAAAUAGUAAAAUAGAGUAUUGUAUUGCAAACAUGCACGAUGAUGACGAUCAGUUAUUUGACAUUAAUACAAAUAAUGGGCAAAUUACUGUUGUCGGAGUAAUAGACUUUGAAAAUGCUCGCAAUUACGAAAUACGUGUUCAAGCUACUGAUCAUGGAGGGUUUACUGAUUCGUGUAAAAUCAUAGUUGAUGUAAUUGACAUCAAUGAUAAUAAACCAGUGAUCAAUAUUAUGUCCAAAACAAACGUGAUAGCUGAAAAUUCCGCGUCUGAGACUGUGGUUACGAUGAUAAAUGUUCAGGAUCUUGAUUCGGGAGAAAAUGGGAAAGUUCAGUGUUCUAUUAAUGAGAAUAUCCCUUUCACCUUAAGGUCGACAAAUGCCAAUUUCUUCAGUUUAGUCACAGAUGGUGAUUUAGACCGAGAGCGCGAGUCUGAGUAUAACAUCAGUGUGACGUGCGCGGAUGAGGGCGUGCCCUCUCUCUCCAGCAGCGUCACUCUCUCCUUAAAGAUAUCAGAUGUGAAUGAUAACGCGCCUGUCUUUGACAAGAGCUCAUAUGAGGCCUCUGUUCAAGAAAACAACACACCGGGUCUUUCCAUAUUCACAGUCAGAGCCAUAGACGCAGAUUUUAACCAGAAUGCCCGUGUGUCUUAUAUACUGGAGGACUCGUCGGUAAACGGAGUGCCGGUGUCCUCUUUAGUGUCCGUUAGUGCUGAUAGUGGAGUCAUACAUGCAGUACGAUCUUUCGAUUACGAACAGAUCAAAGAUUUCCAGUUCCGCGUAAAAGCGCAGGACGGAGGCUCUCCUCCUCUCAGCAGCAACGUGAGCGUGAAAAUAAUGAUUCAGGACCAGAAUGACAACGCGCCUCAGGUUCUGUAUCCGGUCCAGUCUGGCGCUUCUGUGGUGGCUGAAAUAGUGCCUCGUUCGGCAGAUGUGGGUUAUCUGGUGACUAAAGUGGUGGCUGUUGAUGUGGACUCUGGACAGAAUGCCUGGCUCUCAUAUAAACUGCAGAAAGCCACAGACAGGGCUCUGUUUGAAGUGGGCUUACAUAAUGGAGAAGUAAGAACUGUACGCCAAGUGACAGAUAAAGAUGCUGUGAAACAAAGACUUACUGUUGUAGUGGAGGACAACGGACAGCCCUCUCGAUCAGCUACAGUCAAUGUUAACGUGGCGGUGGCGGACAGCUUCCCUGAAGUGCUCUCGGAGUUCACUGACUUCACGCAAGACAAUGACUACAACGACAAUCUGACUUUCUAUCUAGUCUUGGCCUUGGCUGUAGUUUCGUUUCUUUUUAUCGUGUCUAUCAUCGCCAUACUGUCAGUCAAAUGCUACAGAUGGAGACGCGAGCGGAUGUUUUACAAAUCAGGAGCGAAUCUUCCAGUUAUUCCGUAUUAUCCGCCUCUUUACGCAGACGUAGGGGGCACAGGAACUUUACAGCACGUGUACAAUUAUGAGGUCUGCAGAACCACUGACUCCAGAAAGAGUGAUCUGAAAUACGGAAGACCUUGCAGUGAGAGCAUCAUUAGUCUGGACAGCAGCGGGACACAGACACUCACGCAUGCGCAAAGAGGACAACUGAACUUUGACGAUUGUGACGAUCAGCAAAAACCACCCAAUGCUGACUGGCGUUUCACCCAGAACCAGAGGCCCGGGCCCAGCGGAGCUGCCGCCACUCCUGAGGUUGCCGUGGGAACCGGACCCUGGCCCAACCCCCCAACCGAGGCUGAGCAGCUCCAGGCGCUGAUGGCUGCUGCUAAUGAGGUCAGCGAGGCGACCAACACUCUGGGUCCGGGCACCAUGGGUCUGAGCACCCGCUACAACCCUCAGUUCACCCUGCAGCACGUCCCUGACUACCGGCAGAACGUCUACAUCCCCGGCAGCACCGCCACCCUGACCUCCAGCCAGCAGCAAGCCCAGCAGGCCCUGCCACCUCAGCAGGCCGCCAUAGCUGCUGCUGCUGCCCAACCUGAGCCACCCAAAGCCGCCCAGACGCCCGCCAGCAAGAAGAAGCCCACCAAGAAAGAGAAGAAGUAGAGUCGCGGGUAUAUAUCAGGUUUAGGGAGGCUGAAAUAGCUGUUCUGAGGUUUGCUGGAAAUCUGUAACUAUUUAGAGAAAAAAAAUUAGGGUGAAAAAACGUGUGUCAAUGUAAACCCACUUCUAACCACUUUUUUGCUUAUUUCGCACAUGCGUUUGUUUUACUUAAACCCAAGUACAGUACAAUUUGUUUUCCUGAUACGUUUGGACAUUCGGAUAUAUGUAGAGAAAUAUUGGGUUCAUGCAACUUCUAAGUGACACUAUACUACUGCGUAUAUCAAGCCAGUAAUGUAUUUACCACAGUACUUUACCUUGAACAUGUUAAACUGACAGAAAGAGGAGCGAAAGAGGAAUUGUAAUCUUGUAACAAUCACGCUCUUGUUUGUGCAAAGGCACAGUGUCCAUUGCUGUGGAUGUUGCAAUGCUUGUAAAAUGCAUCAUGAUUCUUACUUUACUCUUUUGUUAUUGUUUGCUAAAAUACCACUAUGGACUUUUAUAUUGAUCUUUUUAGGAGAAGUAUUGAUGUAGAUGCAAGUCAGGUGAUUAUUGCUGCAUGCUGUUUUUUUGCGCUAUAGAUAAUCUCCAUAUCACCUGACAUCUAUGAACACCCAUCUACAACUUUCUCAAGGAGGAGUUGAACAGUUAAACCAUCCACUUUGAUGAUUUGUAUUUGAUUUAAAGAAUGGAUCCCCUUGUGUAUCACUGAGCCAGAGGUCUUUUUUUUAACUGAAUGUUUAUGGAACAUUAGUGAUGUCCGAGCCAUAAUGGGAGCUUUGUGAAACCAGUUACAAGUCCACAAGUGCCCGCAGUGGCACAUCGUCCUUAGUAUUCAGUAUUUCCAGGUUAUCCUGAAGUGUUGAAGCUCUUUAUCAGUGCUGGUCGUAAUUAGAUGGGUUAGUAAUGAUACUUUCAGUGAGUAUCUGUAGUUUUGAUGGUGACAAAACCUCCUGACUUUGUGUUUUGCUGAUCUAGGCAGCAAUUUCCUAACGCAAAGGGAGUUUUUUCUUUUGGUCACAUGCAACAAGCUCAAGUGAUUACAGAUGGAAUAUGAAUACAGUUAAAAUCCCAUACCAGUUAGGUGUGAUGCUGUUUUAGGAGGCAACCUGCAAUCAUUGAAUGUACAAGAAAACACGCAAACUGUCGUUGAGUUAUUAGAGCUUUGAAAAAUACUUAUGAUGCAAAGAUUGCGUCUGAAUACAGCAGUCCUCGGACCAUUGGCAUGACCUUACUUUGUAAAUAGCAAUUUGUCCUUGAAAACACAAAACCGUUGCAGAUAAUCAGCUCAAGAGGAAUGGCUUACUACUGGAAUGUCAUUUUAUUUUACAGAAAAAAAUGCAUAAUAAAAAAAAAAAAAACCUGACACUCUGAUAUCAAUGUAGUUCUUUAGUACUAUGAAGGCCAACUAACGCACCUGUAAAUAAAGAGUUUAACUUUUACUUAUGGAAAUAAACAGUGACACUCUCUUAGCCUAGAAGUCGUGAUGUUAUGCAUAUAUUUUUGUGUUCAUCAUCCUCUUUUCCUGUCACACUUUUCCAUGAAAAGGCACAAAAUGGAGGGCAAAUAGAUCUAAAAAUCCUCCGUUAUUAAUUUUGUGCUCUCUGUCGUGCUUACAUGUGUGAAUGCUUCUUAAUGUCUAUAUGAAGAAUCUGAAUAAAUCUAUUAUCUGUGUGUGUGUGUCCUGCUGUAACAUCUCUGAUAAGACGCUUUGAUUCCCGGCUUCUAUGUGCUACUCCUAUUUUGUAUGCUAAUAUUUAUAUUGCUGUUUUUUUUUGUUGUUGUUGUUGUUUGUUUUUCUUUUCCUGAACACUGACAUUUCAAAUAAAAGGUUCUCAAAUUA